UCUCUCUCUUUCUUUAUCGCUGUCUUUCUCUCUCUUUCAAGCAUUACUCAUUCUUCAUGCUCUUCUAUUCGCAUAUGCUUCCUCUGUAAGCUUUUUCUCGCUCUCUACCCCAUUUCUCAUCGCCGGUUCGGUCAUACUCAUCGGAAUCCCCCCUCGUUUCUCGUCGGAAAACCCAUAUUCUCACCACCGCCGAUCCGAAUCCGCUCCCCAAUUGACCUAUAUAUUAUAUAUUUAUAUCUAUAUAGAUAGAGAGAGAGAAUUUUUUUUUUUUUUUUUGGGUUAUUAAGAAUUUGAUUGAUUGCUUUGAUUUUUGUAAUUUUAUCUAUGGAGGAUGGUAUGAGCAGCGAUGAGGACUAUUACUCCGAUCGGGACUCGCUUGAUGGCCUCGAGAACGAGGACUCUGAGUUCCACUGUACCCCUCCAAAGGGUCCCACUACGAAGGUAAUUACAAAAGAAUCUCUUUUGUCUGCUCAGAGGGAGGAUUUGCGGAGAGUAAUGGACUUGCUAUCCCUUAGAGAGCACCAUGCCCGGACUUUACUAAUUUAUUACCGCUGGGAUGUCGAAAGGUUGUUUGCGGUGCUUGUAGAAAAAGGGAAAGCUUUCUUAUUUGAUCAAGCAGGUGUUACGGUGGUGGAGCAUCAAGGUCUUGAGUCACCGCUUGGUUCUACAAUAACGUGUGAUAUCUGCAUGGACGAUGUACCUAGUGUUGAGGCAACAAGAGAGGACUGUGGCCAUUGCUUUUGUAACAACUGUUGGACAGAGCAUUUUAUGGUGAAGAUAAAUGAGGGUCAAAGUAGGCGCAUUAGGUGCAUGGCACACAAAUGCAAUGCUAUUUGUGAUGAAGCUGUUGUUAGAAAUCUAGUCAGUAAAAGGCAUCCUGAUAUGGCAGAAAAAUUUGAGCGUUUUCUCCUUGAAUCAUACAUAGAGGAUAACAAGAGGGUUAAAUGGUGCCCAAGUACUCCACAUUGUGGGAAUGCAAUACGCAUUGAGGAUGACGAAUUCUGCGAGGUAGAAUGUUCAUGUGGUAUGCAGUUUUGUUUCAGUUGCUUAUCAGAAGCACACUCACCGUGUUCAUGUUUGAUGUGGGAGCUUUGGGCCAAGAAGUGCCGAGAUGAAUCAGAAACAGUUAAUUGGAUAACAGCUCAUACAAAACCGUGUCCAAAGUGUCACAAACCUGUGGAGAAGAACGGUGGUUGCAACCUUGUGAGCUGUAUCUGUGGGCAAGCAUUUUGUUGGCUGUGUGGUGGGGCCACUGGCCGAGACCAUACUUGGUCAAGCAUAUCUGGUCACAGUUGUGGUCGCUACAAAGCGGAACGAGAGAAAAAAUCUGAACGUGCAAAGCGGGAUCACUAUCGGUAUAUGCACUAUUAUAAUCGUUAUAGAGCGCACACAGAUUCUUUCAAGCAGGAAAGCAAAUUGAAAGAGAUCAUACAAGAACGGGUGUCAAUUACAGAAGAGAGGGAUUCGAGGCUCAGAGAUUUCAGCUGGGUAAAUAACGGGCUCCUCAGACUUUUCAGAUCCAGGCGUGUUCUUUCAUAUUCAUACCCAUUUGCAUUUUAUAUGUUUGGAGAUGAGCUGUUUAAUGAUGAGAUGACGAAGGAAGAAAGGGAAAUAAAACAGCACUUAUUUGAGGACCAGCAGCAGCAGCUUGAGGGAAAUGUUGAGAAACUUUCAAAGUUUCUGGAGGAGCCCUUUGAUCAAUAUAGUGAGGAUAAAGUGAUGGAGAUAAGGAUGCAAGUUAUCAAUCUGUCAGUGAUCACAGAUACUCUCUGUCAGAAAGUGUAUGAAUGCAUUGAAAAUGAUUUAUUGGGUUCUCUCCAAUAUGGUAAUCACAAUAUUGCUCCUUACAAGUCAAAAGGCAUAGAGAAGGCAUCAGAACUUACUGCUUGCUGGAAAGCCAAUAAUAGUGACAAAUAUCCACCUUCAGAUUGUGGCGCAAGUGAAUUGGAUCGACCUUCAGGCUCUGGGAGUUCAGAUGAGAGUGGAUGUUCUUCCAGGAAGCGUGCUAGAAAGGAUUCUCCUGGAGGUGGCCUUUUUGAUCUUAACUUGCCAGCAGAGGUCAUUGACAGAAACUGAAUUUGAAAGUUGCACCCUUCAUAUAAAUACAAUAGGUGUACAGCUCUGACAUAAGACCCAUGUUUCCUUUUACGGAUUGAUCAAUCUGGACCGUAGCACCCAAGAACUCAACCUUUUCCCCUUUUUUUUCUUCCUUUUCUUUUUCUCCCCUCCAUUCUUCUCUCUUUUUUAGCCUGGGUUUUAUGAAUCUAUUUUGUUAUGAUAUUCUCGAAGAGAAAUUUAGAGAUUUAAGUGCAUCUUUCCUUUCCUCUUCGAAAAUACAACAUUGUAUAUAGCCUUCGAUUGGGCAAUAGAUAUGUAAAUUUUCUCCUGAGACUUGAGGAACCCUCUUAGAAACCUUCUGAGAUAUUUUCAUAUUUUUCGAUGCUGGAAGUAAAGGUAUAGUGAUAGGAGUUUUAGCCAACUGAGGCAGAUGAGGUUAUGUGUAUUCUCAGAGUUCUAAUCCUCUGUUUCUCAUCUGUUCAACACCUGAUAUGUAAUUGAAAUCUCUUUGAUUUUGAAAACAAUGAUUUCUCAGCAA